UGGAACUGACAGUCUUGGUGACACAGCUGCCAUUGGCAAAUUAAGAUAUUAUUAGGUGGGGAUCACGGACCGGGGUCCUUACUUGGAAUCCAAAGUACAAUUAUGGGGGACAGUAAUGGAGGAAAAGAACUCGAACUGGGGCCUAAGCAUUUGACGAGGAUGUCCGACCUUCCUUGGGUUGGUUGUUUGCGAGAUUUGCGAAUAGAUGUGCAUCCGGUUAACCCAUGGGUACUGUUCACGCCUGACGGCAAAACGCUGCACAUUUGGAACUACAAGAAUGGGAAACUGGUCACUGUGUGGCGAAUGUCGGGGAUGGACAAAGCUCGAGAAGCCAAGUUCAUUUUUAGGAAGGACUGGAUUGUGGCGAGGCAUGUCAAAGGCUUUGUCGUGUAUGAAAUGAAAGCUACGAACUUGACAAUGUGUCCGGGUAUCAUCGCAGAAGCACUCUGCAAAGGGCAAGCCCCAAACUUGCGCAUUAUCACAAGGCAAGACACAAGUGUGCUGAAUAGAGUUGUUGUCCAUCCCACCUUGCCGUAUCUAUUGAGCGGAGGUGCGAGACUCGUCUUGUGGAACUGGGAGCGGAAAUGGGACCCGACUAUAUUCAGAGGACACUCUCUGAAUGUAUAUGAUGUGGCAUUUAGCCCACAGGAUUCACAUAUCUUCGCGAGCACCUCAAAGGAUCGCACAAUCAAAAUGUGGAGUACGCAAAGUAAGUCGGUUGUCCAAACCCUUCGCGAUGAAGACAUGGAGAGGGCCCAUAAAAUUGGGUUUUGCACGGGCCUCCGGAAACUACUUGUGUCCACAACAAACCAAUUGGAACCCUUUGCACGGGUCUGGGACUAUGAGACCGGCGUAUGUAUAGCCAAAUUGGAAGGAUCUGGAAUUAUCUUAGCCUUCUUCCAUCCACAUUUACCUUACAUCUUUACUGGAGCAAAGGGUGGCGAAAUCAAAGUCUGGAGAGAGUCCAACUAUGUGCCAGUGUCAUCCUAUUACCCCAGAACGGGCAUGACGCGUGGUUCUAUCGUGGCGAUAACUCCAGGUAAGAACAAUGCGCUCGUUCUUGGGCUUCGAGGACAGUUCCUGGUAGUUGACGUAACGAUUACAGGAAAAGGAAGGGAUGAGGACGGAGACAUCCACAUAGUACGAACACCGGGCGCAAACACAUCCAAUGAGCGAAUGGCAACGGACGAAUCGGAGUUGCAAAGCCGGCACGACAAGGACAUUGUAGAGACUGAGAAGGGACAUGGGCAAACCCUGAUGGUCCAAAUGGAGAGAAAAUGGCAGAAAUCCCUUGAUGAUUUGAGAGCAGAGCAUCUGAACAAGGAGAAAGUCCAAGCAAAGAGGCUUCGAUUGUUGAAGGGUAGGAUCCGAAGUGAAAAGGCGCAUAGGAAUGCGGUGGCAAAGGAACUUAGCAAGUCGAGGUUGAGCAAUCAGCAGCUGCAGGGGAGCUUGCAAAAGGAAGUCACCGAGCGCCGGAUUGCAGAUGAACUGAGGAAGCACUUAGCAAAGAGGGUGCGAGAGCUGGAGGAGGAGAAAGCAAUGCUGAUGGGGAAAUCUAAGAAACUCAGGCUGAAGAUUAGGAAACUCCAAAUUGUAAAGGGGGCUGAAAACCAGGACGCAACCAGGCUGAAGAUAAGGAAACUGCAAAAGGGCGCUGAAAACGAGGACACAACCUGCGAACAGUGGGAAGUGCAGGAGUUCUCCCUUGAACAGCUUGAGGCGGCUACGGACAAUUUUGAUGAAAAGCGGAAAAUUUGUGGUGAUGGAGAUCAGGACCUAUGCACUUACCAAGGUGAGCUGCAGGACGGUACUCCUGUGGUGGUGAGGAAGGGGCGUACUGCAAGUUCGCAGGAGAUUGACUCGGGGAAGUUCAAGACAGACUCUGAGGUGGUGGACAGGUUGAAGAUGCUGCGGCACCCGCACUUGUUUAACCUCAUGGGAAUCUGCUAUCAGGCAAACAGUCUGGUUUACAAGCACCAAGCCAAUGGAAGUGUCAAAGACUGGAUCGCAGGUGGCGGGAACUCGGAGAUACAAAACAGCAAAGGAGUGAUUGUCUUGGGAUGGAGUUCUCGCUUCCGAGUCAUGGUAGAGGUUGCUCGAGCUCUGUGCUUCUUGCAUUCCAAUCCGUUGAGAUCUGGUGGUCCCAUCAUCCACCGUGCUAUCAAGCCGGCCAACAUUCUUCUUGACAACCAAUUGGUGGCAAACAUAGGCGGCGUUGAACAUGCACUGCUUGGCCCACAUUGGGAGGAAGGAGUCCAAAGUAGUACCAGGAGUUUCAUGAUCCUUGACUGUGAUUCCCAGUACAUGGCCCCAGAAAGUUUCCGCUCCAAAGUUUUCGAUGAGAAGACGGAUAUCUUUGCAUUUGGCAUAACGAUGUUGGAGAUGUUGACCGGAAAGUUUUGGGAUGCGCUAGAGUUAGUUCAGGAUGCAAUUGGGAAAGACGAUGCAACUUUUCAGCGCGUUCUAGAUGGUAGUGCAGGUUGUUGGGAUGUUCGCUUAGCUCGAGAAGUGGCAGAAUUGGCGUUGAAUUGUGCCAGUCUAAACAGGCACAAUCGUCCAAGCAUGAUGGGCAGUCAUGGGGCCAUUCUACCCAUACUAGAGGGUAUUGCCAGAAAGGCGAAACUCGAAGAGCAGGCAGGUAAGGCAUAAGAAAAGGGACCAUGUUUCACUGAAUC